GAAGCAAUCCUGCUUGCUGUUCGGAAAUACUGGCAGGUGAUGCUCUCUGUGAAGGACCUGUCAAGACGCAUGUACUAAGAAGAUGCUUUAGGAAUGGCUUGUUGACUUUCCAUAGCAGCAGACAGAGGCCUAGUGAAGGUUCAGACGGUGAACUGGGAGGUUGCUCCUUUGCCAACUGGAAGGGAAGGGGCCAGGACUGAACAUGGAGGAAACCACAGGGGACGUUCCCCAUAUUGUCAAGGAGACGUGCUUGAAGGAACUCCCAGGACAGACGGCCUCUCAAAAAGGUGAACAGCAACCGGAUGAGGGAUUGCCACAGCAGCGGGCAGCCCAGUGUCAAGAGUUCCUAAAAGUUCUGGAUUCCCAUUGUUUAGGAUGGGGAAACCCACAGCUGAUAAAACGUGGACCUUGGGAGGAUGCCAAGGCCUUCCUGGCCUCCUUCGAGCAAGUGGCUGAGGCCUGCCAGUGGCCCAGGGAAGAGUGGGCGGCCCGGCUCCUGCCAGCCCUGAGCGGAGAAGCCCAGAAAGCCUUUAGCAGCCUGCAGGCCAGAGACAGGAAGGAUUAUGGGAAGGUAAAGGCAGCCAUCUUGCAUGGAGAAGCCAACCGCAUGGAAACCCUGCGCCGGCACUUCCGGCAGUUCCGAUACCGGGAAGUGGAAGAUCCACGGCGAAUUUACGGGCAGCUGCGGGAGCUUUGCCAUCGGUGGCUGAGGCCGGAGAGGCACUCGAAGGAGCAGAUCCUGGAGCUGCUGAUCCUGGAGCAGUUCCUGGCCAUUUUGCCCCAGGAAUUCCAAAGCAGGGUCAGAACGCGGGACUUGGAGACUGGUACGCCAACAGUGGCAGAGGAGUUCCUGAUGAACCCUCAAGAGGCCAAGGACUGGGAAUGGCAGGUUCCGUUGGAGGAGGUGAGGCCAGAAGUGGAGAGAGCUCUUCAGAGACAGAGCUACAUGGAGGCCAAAGAGAAAGCAGAUGAGGAUCUCUGUUUGCUGGCCAGCAAAAUAAUGUCCACGAGUCAUCCUAGCCCAGUGCUGCCUCCCGAAGACCAAGAUUUGGCUGAAGGUGGGCUGGGUGAGGAGACUGCAAAUCUGAAUGAGGUGAUGGUGUCUUUGGAGAACGCCGACUGGGCCAUGGUGAACUCCAGUCAAGGAACCAUGCACUGGGAAGUCAUGCAAGAGAACUCUGAAGACAUCAGCUCUUUAGGAGGAUUUGUGAUUCCCAAACCGGACGCCCUUUCCCAGAUGGAACAAGGAGAAAUGGUCUUUGUCCAGGACUCGGAGGAGGGAGAAGCGUUCCCAGAAAGCCUCUCAGGUGAUGAGGAUCCAAGUGCGAUCAAAGAGGAAUAUUCCCCGCAAGAAAACAGUGAGCCAGAGGAACUAUACAGCAUGUCGCUGGAGAUAUCCCAGGGAAAGGCUUCUCUGGUGGCUGAGAUCCACGAGUCAGGAUGCGACUCUGACAGAAGGAAGGGGUGGAACGAAUCCGUGGAGGGCCCAAUGGCAAUGAAGGAAGCCGUGAGGCACUCCAGAGCAAAUAAGUUUUUGCUCUCCAAGACCAGCAAGUGGUAUCGCUGCAAAUCGGGACAUGUCUCCAAUCAGAUGAUUCCUGCCGGAGCAUCCCUUCACGAGUGCCUUGUCUGUGGGAAGCGCUUCCAGAAAAAGAAUUACCUGGCCAAACACCAGAGGAUCCAUGUCAGGCCGAAAUUGUUCCAGUGCUCCGAGUGCGGGGAGAGCUUCAAUUGGAGAGAAGGGUUUAUACGGCACAGAGGGACGCACACCGGCGAGAAGCCGCACGAAUGCGCCCAGUGCGGGAAAUGCUUCAGCCAGAGGGAAAGCCUGAUCAGGCACGAGAAGAUCCAUACAGGGAAAAAGCCCUUCGAAUGCCCCGAGUGCGGGAAGAACUUCUGUCGGAGGGAUUCGCUGGUUCGGCAUCAGAAGAUCCAUACGGGGGAGAAGCCAUAUGAGUGCCCCGAGUGUGGGAAAAGCUUUAACCAGCGAGAAGUACUGAUCCGGCAUCAGAGAAUCCACACAGGGGAAAAGCCAUACGAGUGCCAGCAAUGUGGGGAAAGCUUCACUCAAAGAGCCAUAUUGAACAGACAUGAAAAAAUCCAUCUGGAAGAAAGAGACCUUUUAAUACUCUGAGAGUAAGCCCUUCUGUCUACCACCCUCUCCUUUUGGUGGAGGAGACACUACCCUUGGUGUGUUAUUAGCGUGUUUUACUGAAAGAGUUAAUACUUUUUUUUUUUUGUCAACCCAAACUAGGCCCAGAUUGCCCUGUGAGCAUCAAUGGCAGACCUUUGGGAUCCACAGAUGAAGGGCUAGGUUGUAUACCUUUUCCCAGGUUGGGAGGAGUCAGUGUUUAAGUGACUGAGGCAGAGGG